UGAUUGGAACAGCGGACAUUUUUCUCCUCUAAAGUCACCCGCUCGAGUCGUGUGUGUCAGUGGCGGCAUCUGAGGGACUCCCAGCACAGCACAGCACACACUCACUCUCACACACACUCUCACACUCUCUCACACACACUCUCACACACUCUCACAAACUCUCUCACACACCACGCACACGGUGCUGCUGAAGAGCUGCCGAUAUGACUCCUUUGUCCACUUUCAGACAGGCAAAGCUAGCCAACAUUAGCUAAACCCGCUAACCCAGUGACGGUGGCGCUUUGGACAGCUCUCAGCUGCGCUGGGCUCCUGUGGAAGAAGUCCGUCUUCAGCUUUAACCUCUUCUUUAGAAGGAGUUUCUCAGAAAUACGCUUCAGUUGUCAGGGAUAAAUGAUCACCUCAACAAGACGAGUGACCGCCGACAAACCUGAAGUCAGAAUCUCCUUCAGCCUCGAUGACCCCUCAGAGUUGAAAGAUGCUGAGGAACAGUUCCCAUCAUUCCCCGACCUUGAGCAGCGCCUGCAGCCUGUGCUGCCAUGCCAGUCUCUGAAGGAGUCCGUCCAGGUCUACAGAGACCACUGCAAAAUGGCCAGAGAGUUUCAUCAGGUUAAAACAGAAAUUGCUCUGCUGGAAGACAGAAAAAGGGAGCUGAUAGCAGAGCUGGCGGAAGACGAGAGGGUGACACUGGAGAUCGCUCGGCUGGAGGAAGAGUUCCGUCUGCUGACGGAGGAGAACCGAACGCUGGUCACGGUUUAUACGGAACGCACUCAGCAGCUGGCCAGUCUGCGUGUGACCAAUCAGAAGAGACAGGGCUCCUCCUGACCCUUGACCUGUCCCACAAGGGAUAGAAAGGGAACGUUUUUUUUAGUAACCUUCUUAACAUCGGGGUAGGAUGAAGAUUUACACUGUAAAAAUGCUGUACAUGUUUAAGAGUCCUACACGUUUUUAAAACACUAAAACCCAAAAAGUGAACAUUUAUGUCAUCAUUUGAGGAUUAGGUUAGUAUAGUGGAAGGACAGGGAUAUAUUAGUAAAAAUAAACAAUGAAACAAUUAUAUCAGUUUUCAGCAUACUGAACUUUUAUUAUGUAAACAGAGGGAUACUGUGUGGCUCUCUAGCACUUAAAAUGUCUGGCCCAAACAAGAUUUGCAACCCUGAUGUUCUUGAUAUGACCGUUAGCCACUGCACCACUGUAAACAAAAUUCAGUUUAUUUUUUAAGUGUUAUCUUCAUGGGCUUAUGUUUGUGCUUCAGGUCAGAUAUGGUGUGGUGUUCUAUUUGUAAUGACCUUUAUUACAGAUCUUUGACCUGGUUACACAGAUGGCACACAACCCUUCAUGAACCGUAGGCAACCACUGAGGAUUUGCAAAUAGCAAAUACCAAUUCUUGACACUUUUCAUGGGUAUACUCCCAACCCGGGUCCUGGAGAACCUCCUGCCCUGCAUUGUACUGCUUUCCCUGCUCCCAGCACACCCACUUCAAGGCAUGAAGGGCUGGUUAAUGAGCUCAUUAGUUGGAUCAGGUGUGUUCGGAGCUGGGGAAACACUUACAAAGUGCAGGGCAGAGGUUACUCUGAUUGGACCAGGAUUGGGAACAACUGUGUUACAGGAAUAAAGGUGUGCAGUGCUAUCAAAUGAACAGGCAGCAGUUGUAGUCAAAUGAGGAUCAGUGGUUAAGGUGUUCGCCCUGGAGGCCGGAGGAUUUCUGAUUUUGAUUCCCAUGUGGGCUUGGGGUUUGUGUGUUGUGUAUAUAGGCAAUUAUACCGAAUGACUACAAGUGUACCAUAAAAUAUAAAGUAACAGGUUGCACAUCUCUGCACCAGUAAUAACAGACUGCGGCAGGGUUGCACACCAAGUAAACAAGUAAAUUAAAUUGAGUCUGCAAGCAGAACAGUUGACAGCCAUGGUUUAGAUGAGUACACACAUAUUGUGGCUUUUAUAACCUCAGAACUCCUUUUUGUUUAAAACCCCAACUGACCUUUACAAUGUGUGAACAUUUUGUGAUGAAAGACCAGUCAAAAUGGUCUAAAAUGACAUGGAAUAAAAUCUUGUUACAUUA